AUGCCAAGAAAAGAACCAGAACCUCAGCCUUCCAGAUCCGAAAAAAUAGCGGUUUACCGCAACGAGGCUUGUCAGGCUGUCUUUUCAAGCCCAGAAAACGCAGAACUCCGAACGAAGAAGGCCGUCAAAUCUCUUAUCAACGAGAAUCAUCUUUCGGUAGCUGGCCUUUCUACCAAGCGCCUGAACGCCAUACUGCGAUCGCUCCAGGAAGACAGAGUAUUUGAAUCUUCCAUCUUCGCCCAGGCUGCGUUCCCAGAGCUUCGUCCGUCAGAGACAGUAGAACCAGCGCCCGUCACUGCACCUGCCUCAGUUCCUACACAAGCCCAAGCAACAAUGGGUGUGCGACCAAAAAGAGAGCUUUUAGAAUCUCUUGAGAGGAUAUAUCUCACAGGAGACUACUCAGAUAUUACUAUAGCCUCUGCCACCAGGAAUUACCCGGUCCACCGUGCCAUCCAGGGCUUUGAGGGCGUAAUAACGCUGCACGACAACGAACCCCUUGUGGUUGACAUGAUGAUACAGUAUCUAUACCUCCUCGACUAUAAACCGGCCCAUGACCCUAGCAUCCAACUCGCGGAGAUUAAGCAGAACGCAAGCGCCCCUGAUCUUCUUCUACACGCCAAAGUGUACGCUAUUGCGGAAAACUAUGCCAUCGGCGGUCUCAAAGCCCUAGCCGUUGUCAAAUUUAAAUCAUCUGCAGGAGAGGCCUGGAACACAAAGGAUUUUCUUGAUGCGGCUAUCGAAGCAUACAGUUCCACUAUUGAUACUGAUCGGGAUAUGCGAAAUGCUGUUAUUCAGGUUUUUGCCAGUCGCAAAGAGCUGUUGGAACUGGAUGAAGUCAGAAAGCUCGUCAGAAAACUGGACCAACUUGCUUAUGACUUGCUUCUGUAUUUGCACAACGAAGGAAGAAUCUUAUAA